UCUGAAGAAGAUUGGUGAUUUUAAUCUAAUAGAAACGGACUUAUUUUUGUAUCUGUUAAUGCAAAAUAACAUUAACUCGUAAACAGAAACUCGAUAAGAUCGACGAAGUUGCGAUAAGAAGUGAACGAUAGUCUUUCUUUCUUUAUUUACAUUUAACAAAAUCUACAUCGUUUGUGCUGUUCGUUUUUCCGAUCAAUAUGAACAAUCUAAGGAAACCAUCAGUUAAUUCCAAUGCCAGUCUGGAAGGUAGGCGUUUUUCUACCGCCAUGAAAGCCCUGGCACCCGGUGGUCCGGAUCAAGCCUCGGCGCGCCGACCAAGUAAUGCUGGAGCUCCAAGAGUUAGCACCGUUACCAGAGGACCUUCCUUGGUUGGUCUUUUAGCUUCCAAACGGUUCGCCAAGAAAAUGGGACAGCGUUUCAAGGACAGAAGAGGAACCAGAUUAAAUAUCCCCAAAGAACCAACAUACCGAAUGGAACCUCAUCGUAAAUUUGAUCCGAAAAAGGCCGAAGCUGUCAUCAUAGAAGUGCUGAAUGAUCGUCUGAAGAAUUUCAAAUAUAAUCCCAAAUUCUGCGCAAAUUUUUCCAAAAUUAUCAGCGAUGAAAUCAAAGAUAAGAUCAAAAUUCUGGGGUUUGACAGAUAUAAGAUUGUGGCAAAUGUUAUUAUCGGCCAGAAAAAAGAUGUUGCUGUUUUGGUGACCAGUAGAUGUGCCUGGGACGAAAAACUAGACAAUUACGUCACCUAUACGUUUGAAAAUGAACAUAUCUUCUGCACGGCUUGUGUUUAUGGCGUUUAUUCGGAGUAAAAGACCAGGCGCGGGCCGUAAACAACAGUCUAAUUCAUGAAGUGUUUUUCUUGUGAGUUUUGUUUUUUCAAAGAUAUACGUGGUAAUCUUCUCCUUCGGACGACGCUCUUCAACUUGGCAUGGUUGUCCUUUGGACAAUUGCGCAUAGAUUGACUUACUUCGAUUUUCGACACGUCGCCACCAUUCCAUUAUGGUUGUGAUGGCGUUAUAGUCAGUUCCUGAUUCAUAUAGUACGUGUGACAAUGUCGGCCUCAACGACUUGUUUUAAUGCUCUGUGUAUAUAAAUUCUGUGAUAGAAUGUUGAUAGACCUGAAGCUGACGUCAAACUAAUUCUGGACGACUCGUCUUGUAGUAGUGACUAGUCUUUGUAAUACAAUCUGAUUAAAACACGGAUCAUAUUUCGUUUCGUUUUUUAUAGUUCAAAAUUUCACUUUACAUGUCUUUACUACACUAGGAUCUAGAAGAGUUGUUAUAUAACCCGCGUGAGGAAUUAUCCAAUAAAACAGUUUGUUACGGCGAGUUCCUGACGUGUGGUUGGUAUCCCAAUAGAAACACCAACACUGCUUGGUUAAUCAAAUGUCUGACGUCAUAGGGUCAAAAGCCGCUCGUAUGACCCCUUACGCGACCUUCCACUACAACCGGUCAGAUUUUCAUGUAGGCUAGUAGAGGCCACCAAAAGUAUAAAAAAAAGCGAAACAAAAUAUAGAUCUGUAUUUUAAGCAGAUUGUUUGUAACGGAAACUAAUCUUAAUGUUGCACCAAGAACUCAUCUAAAUGUUGUUCAUGUGGGCGAGGUUCUUCAAAUACGAUGGACAUCAAAUUUAGAUCCAUGGACAAUUACGCUUUGAUAUGACGUCACAAUUUUAAGAUGGUGGCGAUGACAUCAUGCCCGGUUCUUGGCCCAUUGUACGCCUGUACGUGUUGAUUGUGAUAUUUCUUUUCUAAUAUUAAGUGCAGGAGGACCGCACUACACGUAAAACAAAAAUCUACAAGAUAAACCUGCGGACAAGACCGAAGAUUUCCUUUAGUGUGUAAGUGUAGCCUAACACCGUCUGCCUUAACCGCCUGUUUUUUAAUGUUGGUGUUUAUAAAUUCUGAUAGAAAUAGACUACUGUCUAAUUCUUGAAGACUCAUUUACAGCAAAAUGUGUUUUGGAUUGGGUUUUUUUUUUAUUGUGAUAUUUCUCUUCCAAAGAUUUUCUUUAUUGUGUUGUCGGCCUUAAUGAUCUAUUUUUGGAACAGGAACUGGGACCCACGCGCUACAAAUCUUGUUGAUCUUCUUCUCAGAUGCGACGCUCUUCGAAAAAAUCCCAAGCCUCCGUCAUUUCAAGAAGGAUCGACAUGAAAUUGUGCAUGCUUGUACCUUGGACCAUUGCGCAACGAUUGACGGAUUUUUAAUUUAUCACCCAAUUCCAAAAUGUUUGCAAUGACGCCAUGCUUGGUUCCUGGAUCAACGCAGUGGUGUAUAUAAUAAUAUCUGUGAUAGAAUGCUGAUGUACGAGUUCGUUGAACUUCGUUUCAAUAUAAAAUAUGUUUUUGUCUUGGAUUAUCGUGGCUAUAUGAACAUGAAGUGGAGUAGGUAUAUAAGUAGUUCCUUUUGGAACUGUCUUUGAGCGGACGAUGUUCACUGAAAGUUCCUAUCUGGCUUUAUAUACAUGUACAUGUAGCUGCAAUAUGAAAAUACGGUAAAAUACCACUCUUCCCCACCUCUGUUCUGGCUGUUUUAGAACUCCUCUAACCUUCUAUUUUUCGCCACGAUUCUUUAUUUUCCCCCAAAAGGAAUCAUUUCUCACUAUAUUUGACACAAAUUUAUAAUUAUUCAACACCAAUUUCAAGUAGAAUUCAUCGAUGAAAUAAACAUGCGGUUUGCGCAUGUUCUCGUCUCGCAAUGGCUCAUCAGUUCAAACGUAUUUUGUGUAUGUUGUAUAUCGCAAAAUUCUACUUGAAAAUAGUGUUCAAUUAUUAUAAAUGUGUGUCAGCUGUGGCAAGAAAUUAUCCCAUUGGCGAAUAAAGUAGAAUCAAGGUAAAAGGUAAAAAAAAAAUAGGCACGGAUUCCAAAAUAGGCUGAGAACAGAGGUGGGGGGGGGGGGCAGUAUUUUACCGUAUUUUCAUAUUGCAGCUAUAUAAGGUCGGAUAGGAACUGUCAGUGGACAUCGUCCGCUCAAAGACAGUUCCUAAAGGAACUAGUAUAUAAGAAACUAUUAUUUAUUGCAGCUUUUUUUGUUACGUUGUGUGUAAAGUAUAUACCAUUGAACAUC